AUGACCACCAUGGAUAGAGUUGUUGUAGCCGGACCCCAGCUGUUGCGGCGAAUGAAAAAUCUGGCUCUAACCGAGGGUACAGAUCUUAACGAUCAGGCCAAUCAAUCGGCCAUAAUAGCAAAUUUUGAAAUGGCCCAAGAAAUUCGGGCCGAAUCAAAACAACUCUUUAGGAGCUGCUUAAUCGAUGAAGAAGAAGUUGAAAAGCUCGAUAAAAUUAAUCAACUCGAAAUCGAUAUCGACGCUGCUUUUGGUAAAUUAAAGGCACUCCACGUUUUAGUACUGAGGAUCAUAGACGCCAAUAAAGCAGCGUCGGUACAGGACAAAUCAUCCGCGCCCGUUCAACCCAGUAUCAGACUUGCGCCAAUAAAUCUUAUUAAAUUUGACGGUUCUCUAAAGACGUGGCCAACCUUCAGAGACCUAUUUAACGUGUCGGUUCAUACAAACUCGGUUUAUUCUAACAUCGAGAAGUUUCAUCUUUUGAUAACGCACCUUUCAGGUGAACCAUUGUCCAUAGUAAAGUCACUGCCGAUCAGCGACGAUAAUUAUCUUAUAGUGUACGAGAGUUUGACGAAUCGGUAUGAGAACAAAAGACUUUUGGUUGCCACAUAUUGGCAGUCUGUUAAUAACGCGAACAAAGCCACAUCUGACUCGCCACAGUCUCUCCGUAAUUUAGUGAAUAGUUUUACGGAGAAUCUGGCGGCAUUAGAUCAAAUUAGUGGAUCACUAAACCCACCAGCGUCACUAGAUCUGUGGGAUUUUACUUUAUUCAAUUGGAUGCUGAGCAAACUAGACGCUUCAACUCGGAAACGAUUUGAAUUAGAAAAUAGUGGGAUCGACUUCCCUACUUUUAAUUCACUGAAAGAGUUCGUGUUGCGACAAUGCAAAGCCCUCGAAGUAAACAAUGCUUCGACCGGGCCAAUGUCGCAACGAGCGAACCCGGUCCCAACACCAUUAAAACUCGACACACCCCACCAGCGGGGUGUCGUACCGCACGCUUUUGUAGCAAAUACGGGUAAUAAGUGCAUCUUUUGUAAAUCGGUGCAUUUGAUAUACCAGUGCCCAUCCUUUCUCGGACAGUCGCCGCAAGAACGAUAUCAAUCCAUCAAGAACAAACGUUGUUGUAUCAAUUGCUUACGGAACACACACUUGAUAAAGGACUGCCCGUCUAAGAGUACUUGUCGCAACUGCAAAGCUCAACAUCACAGCUUACUGCAUUUCGAGAACCUGGAGCAAAUUGCGACAAAUACAGAUCAUCACGUACACACCGUUCGCGCGUUGCUUGACAGUGGCAGUCAAGCAUCGUUUAUUACAGAGAAAUGUCAGCGACAACUGGGCCUCGGUCUUAUUCAAUCCCAUACCCCUAUCAUUGGGCUUAACGGAAUGGAAUCGAAAGCUGGUAGUAUGGUAUCGUGCAUCGUGCAGCCAUACUUCCGCGAAACACCACGUCUUUCGGUUUCGGCGAUGGUAAUAAAAAAGAUUUGUGAAGACAUGCCUGUAGUUAACCCAUCUGCCAAUUGGCCGCACUUGCAAAAUCUCCAACUCGCGGACCCUAAGUUCAAUAUUCCCGCAAAAAUUGACAUGUUACUCGGUGCCGAUGUCUUUGCAGCCAUUUUUGUUGGGAAUAAAAGGCAACAUACGUCUCGCGAUCCAGCUGUUUUUGAAACGCAAUUUGGCUGGAUCGUAAUUGGGAAAAUCGACUUGCAAACUUCCCCAAAGUACGUUUUCCAUUCUUCCCAUAAUGCGCCGCUAGAUUCGUUAGUCCGCAAGUUCUGGGAAAUGGAGGAGGUUUCCGAAAUCCUUCCACCAUCUCCAGAGGACGCACGUUGCGAACAACAUUUUGUUAACACCCAUUCGCGGACUAUCUCCGGGAGAUUUGUAGUCGCACUUCCGUUCAAAGACAGUGAGCCGAUGUUUGAAAACUCCCGUGUCGUUGCACAGCGGAGAUUAUUAUCCAUGGAAAAGCGUUUAAUUAAAGACCCAAAAUUGUAUGACCAAUACAAACGGUUCAUGCAAGACUAUUUAGAUCGCGGACACAUGGAAUUAAUUUCUAACCAAAAUCAAGCGACAUUUGAACAUCAAACGUACUACAUCCCUCAUCAUUGCGUACUGAAACCCGACAGUACUUCAACAAAACUCCGGGUGGUCUUUGAUGCGUCGGCGGUGACGCCCAGCGGGACGUCAUUGAACUCGACGUUGGUUACAGGUCCCAAACUACAAAAGGAUCUGUUUGAUUUAUUAUUAGAAUUUCGGACACAUCGGUUUGUAAUAAUUGGCGACAUUGGACAAAUGUAUAGGCAGAUUCUGGUAGUUCCGCACCACCGCGACUAUCAACGAAUUCUGUGGCGGUUUCACCCGGAUGAACCCAUUCGUGAAUUCCGUCUAAACACGGUGACCUACGGUGUAGCUUCAGCACCCUUUUUAGCGCUUCGCACCUUGGCAGAAUUAGCAAAGAUCGGUCAAGAUCAGUUCCCGUUGGCUUCGCGAGCGUUGUCGAAACACACUUACGUCGAUGAUAUCGUUACGGGCACAAACUCUGUGGCGGAUGGUCAACAACUUCGGACCGAACUCGAAACAUUGUUAGGCUCGGCCGGGUUUCAACUCCACAAAUGGUCGAGCAACUGCCCCGAAUUAGUGCCAUGUAAUCGGGAUUCGCACGAGGACGACACACACACGUUUGAUAGUGAGUCGUUUCAAAAAAUUUUAGGCCUAAGUUGGUACGCGCAGAAGGACAGUUUCUCAUACAUCGUAAAACCAUUGAAUCGUACUUGGACUAAGCGUACCAUCUUAUCAGAAUUGGCACGCAUCUUCGAUCCUCUCGGAUUUUUAGCGCCGUUAACUUUCUUUGCAAAGUGUCUAAUUCAAAACUUAUGGACACUUGGGUUACAAUGGGAUGACGAACCUCCUGAACCCAUAGUUGACAAAUGGCAGAAGUACUCGGAAGAGCUUCUUUUAUUAACGCGAUUAGAAAUCCCUCGUCACUUGAAUUCAGAUUCUUACAGUGCAUUGCAGUUACACGGAUUUUGUGAUGCUUCCGAAUCGGGAUUUAGUGGAGCUGUCUACUUCCGGUACGAGAUGGCGGACGGUCAAAUAAUUACGAAAUUAGUUUGCGCUAAGACUAAAGUCGCCCCACUAAAGCGGGUCACGUUGCCUCGAUUGGAACUUUGCGGCGCCCUACUACUUGCUAAACUGAUAUCUCGGGUCUGCAAAACAUAUCAGAAUUGUUUCAAAUUCCAAAAGAUCUUUGCGUGGAGCGACUCCACCGUUGCGUUAUCUUGGAUCAAAUCAUCGCCACAUCGGUGGAAGUGCUUUGUAGCGAAUCGAGUCGCACAGAUUCAAGAUUUGACACUCCCUUCUAGUUGGAAACAUAUUCGUUCCGAGCAGAACCCUGCAGACUGUGCUUCACGCGGUUUACUCCCAUCGGAGCUGGUGCACCAUCCCUUAUGGUGGGCGGGCCCCACGUGGUUGCAGCUCCCGGAGAUAGAAUGGAAUCUCGGAGAUUCAAACGAAUCAAAUCAAUCGCUCGCGGUCAUGACGGAGGAAAAAAAGGUGGUCCUGAAUGUGGUCACAUCUCGAGAUCAUAUUAUUGACAUUUUGUUGAAUCAACAUUCCUCUCUACGGAGGGUGCAACGAGUGAUAGCAAUUCUUAUUCGAUUCACCCGCAACGCGCGAAACAAAGAGCAACGAGUCAGUGGCCACUUAACUGCAGAGGAACUUCACAGAGCUCUGUUAGUUGUUAUUCAACAUGUUCAAGCCAGUUGUUUUGAGGAUGAAAUCGCGAAUCUACGACGCAAUCAACAACUGUCAAAGGCGCUUCAACGGCUCAAUCCGUUUCUAGAUAACCGCGGUUUUCUUAGGGUGGGCGGCCGUCUUCAACAUGCGCAACUUCCCUUCGACACAAAACAUCCCUUGCUUCUUCCUUCAAAACACCGAUUAACUGAGCUGCUAAUAGAACAAUUUCACGUGCGAUAUUUACAUGUAGGACACCAAACGCUAUUCUUCUUGUUGCGCCAGCAGUUCUGGAUCCUCUCAGCGAAGCGCGCCAUUAGAUCUGUUGUUUCACGGUGUAUUCGAUGCUUUCGCACCCGUCCGACGUCGAUUACACCACUCAUGGGAAACUUACCUUAUGCCAGAGUCAACCACCUCAAACCCUUUUUGCAUAGUGGGGUGGAUUUCGCCGGUCCUAUUAGUCUGACAAUGGGCAAAUAUCGAGGAACGCGAACAACGAAGGCAUACAUUUGCAUUUUUGUGUGUAUGUCGGUAAAGGCGGUACAUCUCGAGUUAGUAUCUGAUUUAACUUCGGACGCCUUUAUUGGAGCAUUUCGACGCUUCAUAGCUCGUCGUGGUAGAUGUACACACUUAUACAGUGACUGUGGCACUAACUUUGUUGGAGCAAAUAAAGUGCUGCUACAGUAUGCCAAAAAUGCAGCAAGCUCACUAGAAUUAAAAUGGCAUUUUAAUCCUCCGAAUGCCCCAAAUUUCGGGGGUCUCUGGGAAGCAGGGGUGCGGUCCGUGAAAACCCACAUCGUUCGGGUAAUCGGUGCCCAAUCACUUACCUUCGAAGAGUACUACACCCUGCUAGUGCAAAUCGAAGCGGUUUUGAACUCUCGCCCACUAUUCUCUGCUAGCCCCGAUCCCAACGAUUUGAAUGCUUUAACACCUGGCCACUUUUUAGUAUUAGAACCUUUAUCUAGUCCGCCAGAUGAAGACGUCAGUACUUUAAAACUCAAUCGCCUCAAUCGCUGGCAAUUAAUCCAACGUUGUCAACGCGACUUUUGGAAGCGGUAUCAAACAGAGUACCUUCACACUUUGCAGCAAAGGACAAAGUGGUGCAAGGUGGAACAGGGUCCGGUGAUCAAUUCAAUAGUUGUGAUAAGGAACGAUAAUGCCCCUCCGCUGCAGUGGCGGUUAGGGCGAAUUGUGGAACUCCACCCCGGUGCAGACGGAGUCCAUAGAGUCGCCACUAUUAAAACUUCCCUGGGUCUACUAAAACGACCAAUUUCAAAAUUGUGCCCACUGCCAGUAGAGUCCUAA